AGUACAUCUCCUGCAAGUUUUGUGCAGUCAGUAUUUAAUUAAGAAAAGUUAAGUAGGGUCACGCUUACGUCGUUCAAAAUGGGACACCUUGAAGUGUUUUUACUCUGCUUUUGUGUUGCUGGAGUCUGCGGACAGACGAUAAAACUGGACUACGUGAUUAAUAACCAGUUGAUGACCCCCAAUUUCCACAGCAUGAUAAACCUCAGGGUACUAAAAGGUACGCCUUUUAUACGUGUGAUGGAGGCGGCCGCUGAUAUCAAUCCACAAUUCGAAUUUACAGGGGCGUACAGCAGUAAGCUGGGAUAUCUUAUCACCAGAAUAAACAAGCGUGCAGCUAACUACAACGUCGACAAAACUUACUGGGAAGCCUACAAUGCAUCUAAUGUUGGUAUCGAAGGUGUCAGCUAUUACACGCCAAGCGAUGGGGACGUUGUCACCUUCAACUUCACUAAAGAAGCCUGAUAAGUAUCCUACCUGGUAUGUCUCCUAAUCGUAUCCAUGACGGGCACACGGUGUUGGGCUGGGUCGUUUGUUAUGAAGUGGAAACUGACUUCUCACAUGAACCGAUAACAUGGCUUUUCAGCAAAUAAAAAUGAAGAAGAAGGCAGAAAACACAAGAAGGCAGAAAUAACAUGUCUAGGUUUGUCAUGGGCAGAGUGCAAUGUCCUGAUACAAUGCAUUAGAAUGUGCUGUAAAGCAUCCUUGGGUACUCAGCACAAAUGCUUUGUCAAACAGAUUUCUGUAUAUAUAUUGCAUGGGGAGUAUGCAUUCACGUUCCUGUUUUUUGUUGUUUUUGGUUGUGCUGUGUUCAUUUGUGUUCGUUUGUAUCAACACGUGAUGGCGGAGAAUUUCACCGAUGAAAGUUGCCUGCUGAGGCUCAUUUUGCCCAGACCGGGUUUUGAGGAACUGAUUUUAUGUCGGCUGGCUGGGUCAAAUUGACGAUUGUUUUAAUGUUGCUUUAUGCCCCUGUAUUAAAC